UAGUGAAGUCAGACGUCAUUCACUCCGUCAUGCCAAUUGCCAAAUAGGUAUAUUUCUAUUGUCAAAUAUUUCUGCUGUGUUGAAGACGAAAUUUUAAGGGCAGUUACUAACCAAAUAACUACUACCACAACUUCUAGAGACUGAUUAAUUAUUAAUGGACAGGUUUGGUUAUUUAUAAUAAAAAACUACCGUCACAUCGUCAUGUAAUAUCAUUUUGCAAAAAUCGGACCAUAAUACGACGUGGUAGAAAAAAAAACCGCUGGACGUAAUUCAGGAAAUAAACAUGGCUGACAAAGAGCAAGUGAUUCAAGCCUUGCGAGCUACACUAAUUUCAGUUAAAGGUGCACUUACACUAAAGCAAUGUAAUCGCGAUUACAAAGAAUUGCAAGGAGAAUGGAUACCUUUUAAGAAAUUAGGGUAUUCUACUCUUGAUCAACUAUUCCAAGAUGUUCCUGGUUUCAAAAUCAGAAAUAUUAAUGGAGAAUGGUAUGUUGAUGCUGUAGCAAGCCAAGAAAGUCAGCAUAUUGCAUCUAUGGUUGCUCGGCAAAAAUCUAGCAAAAAAUCAGCAAAACUGAAUUAUCCUAGUCGGUUUCCGAAAAAACAAGGGUCAUGGCGGAAACCAUCACCAGCAUCCAAUUAUCAAACAAAUUAUAAUAACCAAUACUCCAGUCAGUAUUACAGAGUAAAAACUAAUACUCCUUUAAAUAACAACAAUAACAGCUACAACGGCAAGGCAAAUAAGUAUAGUAAAACGAAUGAAACGAAAAAUAUUUAUCCAAACACGAAACAAAUUUUGACGAAAACAAUAAGCGACAAUGGGGAGAAAGUUACUUCAAAUGUGACAAAGAAAUUUUCUGCGCAAAUUUCACGAGAUGUACUUUAUGGUGGAGAGUUUAAGCAUUCCAAAAAAAAUGAAACGGAGACUGAUAGCAAAAGCACAGGAAAAAUUUCAGCAUCACAGAGAUUAUCAAAUUUACGAGAUAGACUGAAUACAGACUUGAUACCAUUACAAUUACCAGCACAUAAUAGUUAUCUGGAAAGUAGUGAUCCAGUGGCACAUGUUGUUCCAGCCCAUAGUUUAGAACCUCCACCAGAUUCUACAUCUUCAAUUGUAAAACUUGAAUGGACUUGUAAAAAAUUGGGCUUACCCCAACCUGUAUAUAAAGUUCAAGAUAUAAGGCCUAAACGAGGCCCUGUUAUAUAUGAUUGCACUGUUAAGGUUGGAAAUUCGUAUUCAGUAUCAUCAUAUCCAGAUUCUUCCCCAAGUGAAGAAUUAGCUAAGGAAGUUGCUUCAGAAAAGUUGCUUCUAAGUAUACAAAGCUCAGAAGCAGGUGGAUUGCCAACUUCUUCCAAUAGCAAAGCAAUAACAGGUCUAACUGAACUUGUGUCUGAACAUGAAGCAGGACUUUUUGCUAGUAUUGCUCCUCAUUUAUAUAGGGAGAAAUACAAUGAAAAUUUACCUAACAAUUGGUUAGAACUUGUGGAGAGCUGCCCCUUUAUUAUAAAGGAUAAAGUUGUAAAUGGACUUUUAGUUCUUUUGCCCAAUAAUGAGGACACUAGAUCAACAUCUAUUGGGACACCUCUACUUGAAGAUACUGUAGAUAGUGACUUACCAGCAUUACAGUUCCCUGAAGAUGACUUUUGGAAUGUUUAUAUAACUGUUGCAAAUUCAACACUUGAAGUUUGGUUAAGAAUAAUUGGUUCACAAUACAGUGACCUUUUUGAAGUGCUACUUGCGGAUAUGGCAAAAUAUUAUGAACAUUCAGGUGCAAUAGUCGAUAAAUCAAUGAUUAUAAUAAAUGCUUGGUAUGCUGUCAACCUGGAUGAUGGUGGAUGGCAAAGGGCUAAAAUACUAGAUGUUGAAGAUGAUACAGCUACAGUAUUUUUGGGCGAUCAUGGAGAUGAUGACACUGUCUACUUAAAUAAAAUAAAAAUACUGGAACCUCAAUUUAGAACACUGCCUGCUCAAGCGAUCCUGUGUCGCCUGGAGGGUGCGGAGGAGCUCUCAGCUAGCGCUAUGGGCGCGGAGCUGGUGGCGCGGCGACUGCCCGGCGAGGUGCUGGUAGCCGCACCGGGCCCCCGCACCGACCCCGCUGAUCCCUCUGUAGCCCUAGUUCUCUAUGACACAUCGACUCAGCGUGAUCUCAACCUUAACAAAGAAAUUGUGCACGACUUCUGCAUCGCCGGCGCCUUUUCUUUGACACAGAAGCCGUGCGAGGUGGAGGUGGGGUGCGUGACGGAGGAGGGGCGCGUGUGGGUGUCGCGCGCGGGCGGCGCGGCGCUGGUGCGCAACGCGCUGGCGCUGCUGACGGCGGGCCCGUACCGCCGCCCGCUGCCCGCCGCGCCGCAGGCCCCGCCGCCGCACGCCGGCGCGCUCUACAUCGUGCGCACGCUCGCCGGCGACUGGGUUCGAUGUACGAUCAUCAGCGGUUUAGACGGCGAGGGCACGGUACGCACGCUGCUGGUGGACAGCGGGCUCAUCCUGCGCGCGCCGCUCUCCUCCCUCGUCCCCUUGCAGACCUUCUCGCCGGCGCUCAACGCCUACCCCUAUCAGGCGAUGCAAGUGCGGCUGGGGUCGGCGGAGCGCGCGGCGGCGGCGAUGGCGGCGCGCCUGCGCGAGCUGCUGCUGGGCGUCAAGGUGCUGUGCCGCGCGCUGCCCGCCGCGCCGCACGCCCCGCACCCCGCGCACCCCGCGCACGCGCCGCACCCCCCGCACCCGCCGCACGUCGAGCUGUUCGUGCGCACCGGCCCGCAAAAGAUCCUGCUGUCCGUCAACAAUUCGAUUCUCGCCGAAUACGACUGUCUGCAACUCGGCAAGCUACAAGACGAGGACAAAGAGAAGGAAGAGCCGAACCACGUGGAGGCGUUCAACAAGAAGAAGGAGCGGAUAUUCGGCACGUGCGCGGGCGGCGGCGGCGGCGCGGGCGCGGGCGGGGGCGGGGGGCGCGGCGCGGACGACAAGCCGCGCCUGCUGCCGCCGCCCGCGCUGCCCGCCAUCGGGCAGUGCUUCGACGUGCACAUCACUAUGGCGGCGCACCCGUGGAACUUUGUUGUGCAGCCGAAUAGUUCCAGGCACACUCUGCAGACAAUGAUGGAGUCAUUACAAGUUGAGUGUCCCAAAAUAUCGGAGGAUGAAGCACCUACAAACCCAGCGAGCGGCGAACUCUAUACAGCAUACUACGAGAAGGAUUCGUCGUGGUAUAGGGUGGUGAUAGCGAGCUGCGUGUCGUCGGAGAUGGUGUCGGUGUACUUCUGCGACUACGGGGACCUCGCGAUCCUGGCGAGCCGCGCGCUGCGCCCCGUGCCGCCCGCCGUGCCGCUCGCGCGCUCGCUGCCGCCGCAGGCCAUCAAGGCGCGCCUCUACGACGUGUGGCCUCUGCACCAAGACUGGUCAGUAGAAGACUGUUUAAAAUUUCAAGAACUGUGCGUCGAGCAACAAUUCGUUGCCAUAUGCAAAGAUGUCGGGAAAGACCCGUUAAAUCCCAGCGAAGCCUUGCUCACAUUGGAUCUUAUAGACACAUCUACUGAUGAAGACAUAUAUCUCAAUAAACAGCUUGUCGCCGAAGAAAGAGCGCGGCUCGGAUCCGCAUCAAGCGAGAAGAAAUAAACCACGUUAUAGGAUCCGUAACCUUGUGUUUUACAUAAGCUCAGCUAUACUUCAUGCUUUGCUUCGUAUGGGUUGGCCCUGCAUGUAGUGUUCACUUGUAAUGUAACAAAGAGGUAUCCAUUAUAAAUAAAUAUUUCAGCAGCUAUAUAUUAAAAAAUAAUAAUUAGUGUUCACUUUUAAUUCGUGAAAAUAUACUUUUUAAAAGUAAUAUAAAAGAUCUUGAUAUACAUCAAAUAAUGAGUAAUAUGGAACCCACGAAAUGCAUUCGCAAGUGAGAGGCUAUUUUGCAUUAGACUGAUGGUAAGCGAGUCGAUCAACCGCUUUACGAAAGUUGAGGUCAUCCUGUGGGUAAUAAUCGAUUGGUGUAUUUAUUCCUUUCUAUUUAUGGCUUAUUAUACUAUAACGAUUCCUAUUGUUUAUUCUAGUUUAAUCCAAUGAAGGGUUCUUAGUUUAGCGUUUUCUUUUGUUGAUGUUACAUGUUAAUUUUACCAACAUUUAUUAUGUUACAUAAUGUUUUAGUAACAGAAUUUCCACUAUAACAGUAAGUUAUACAGAGUAUUCCAAUUGUUUCUUGAAGAUUUUAAAGUUGUUUUUUUUUUUAUUUAUUUUUUCUUUAUUGAUUCUUGGUGGAAUGUGAUAGAAGAAUGGUUACAAUACUCAUGCCUAGUUAUUAUCUCUAGAUUUAAAAGUUAUGUAUAAGUGUUAAAAGAAACGUAAUAAGAGGAAGGUUGGCAAAUUAAUGGAAAGCAGCAGAAAUUAACUGCUUUAAAAAGUUGUUAUAAGUUGGUAGCUUGUAUCUCUAGAGAUAAAACUUUGCUACUCAAGUAGAUCGAGAGAAAUGAAGCAUUUUUUUUUGCUGGUAGAUUCACUGGGAAAAGAAAAGAGGAGAGCUGAAAGAGGUAAACUCCAUUUAAAAGAAAAAUCUAAAAAUUUUAUUAAUAAAAGAAAUAGUUUCAUUUCCUUGUUGUUUAUAAAGUCUGUCACUGGGUAGUCACAUAGUAAAAUGUUACAAAGACAAACAUUUUAUGCAAAUUCUCGAAUCGAAUUGCUUGUACCUAUUCCAUAUAUUCAAUACAGAAAUAGAUCUUAAGAAUAGACAGUUAAUAAAUGUAUCAUGCAUGCCAGUUAAAACAUUUAUAUCACUUUGCAAUUAUUUUAUUAUAAUAGAAAAAGUUUAUUGUCAUCCACUAAACCACUCAAUAAAGAUAUCUGUAUUUGAA